UCCGUAAAUGAAAAUUACAUUCAAGACGGCAGCAAGUGAAACUCGAAAGUUGUUUCCCGACCGGUUAUAUAUAUUUCGAUCUUUUGGUAGUUUAUUGUUGUUGUUGUUGUUUUUUUUGGUGCCACCAAGACUUGCCUUCGUUUUACCAAAGUGUGAGAGCAAAAACUGUGAAAAUAUGUCGAUCAAUUUGCGAACGGUUUACGCAUUUGCCAGGGAAAUGUAUCCGAAACUAUCCACGGAACAUAUUCAAUAUGGAACAGCUGGGUUUCGCGGCAAGGCUGAAUUUCUGGACAGCGUGAUGUUCCGCAUGGGUGUCCUGGCCACAUUACGUUCUCGUUUCCGUUCGGGUGCUGCCAUCGGCGUUAUGAUCACUGCCUCUCACAAUCCUGAACCCGAUAAUGGCGUCAAACUCGUUGACCCCAAGGGCGAAAUGCUUGAGGCCAGCUGGGAAUCAAUUGCCACAGAUUUGGUUAAUGUUAGCGAUCAGGAAUUGGAGCAGCAAGUAGCUAAGAUAAUCAAGGACAAUAAUAUAGAUAUAACAUCGAGCUCAAUAGUCUAUGUUGGCAUGGAUAAUCGUUACCACAGUCCGCGCCUGCUCAAAGCAGUCGCCGAUGGUGUGAUAGCCCUUAAGGGCAAUGUGAGAGAAUAUGGCAUAGUGACAACGCCCAUGCUCCAUUAUUUUGUGGUGUCAGCCAACACAAAGGAGGCCUAUGGCAAGCCCACGGAAGAGGGCUACUAUGACAAACUGAUAACUGCCUUCAAGACGCUGCGCAAUGAUCAACUAGAGAAUGGCAACUACAAGAAUAAUCUAAUCUUUGAUGGUGCUAAUGGUGUGGGUGCUAGGAAAAUGUUGCAAUUCAUUAAGCGGAUGCAGAAUUCGUUGCAAGUGACGGUUAUCAAUCAGGGCAUUGGCCAGGGUAAAAUAAAUGAGGAUUGCGGUGCCGACUAUGUGAAAGUUCAGCAACGACCACCAAAAUCCAUGCCCGAAGUCGAACCCUAUACCCGCUGCUGCAGUGUCGAUGGCGAUGCCGAUCGUGUGGUCUAUUUCUUCAGCAACGACAAGGGGGAAUUUCAAUUGCUUGACGGAGAUCGCAUCGCCACCCUGGUAGCCGGCUAUCUGAUGGAUCUGGUAAAGAAGUGUCAACUCGAUUUACGUCUGGGUCUGGUGCAAACAGCCUAUGCCAAUGGGGCAUCAACUGAUUACAUUGUCAACGAACUAAAGGUGCCCGUGUCCUGUGUGCCCACCGGUGUCAAGCAUUUGCACCACAAGGCUCUGGAAUAUGACAUCGGUGUGUAUUUCGAGGCUAAUGGCCAUGGCACUGUGGUAUUCAGCGAUCAUGCCAAGAGCACUGUGGCUGAGGCAGCCAAAGCCGGAGAUAAACCGGACGCCAAGAUCUUCUUGAAAAUCAUAGAUCUCAUUAACGAAACUGUCGGCGAUGCCAUCUCGGACAUGUUGCUGGUUGAGACCAUACUUAAUCAUAAGGGCUGGGAUGUUAAAGACUGGAUAUCUACCUACACGGAUCUGCCCAAUCAACAGCUGAAGAUUAAAGUCCAAGAUCGCAAUGUCAUCGCAACUACUGAUGCGGAGCGAGUUUGUGUGAAACCCGAAGGUCUGCAGAUUGAGAUUAAUAAGGCGGUGUCCAACUAUAAACGUGGACGUGCAUUUGUUCGGCCUUCGGGAACGGAAGAUGUUGUACGUGUCUAUGCUGAGGCCAAUACCAAAGAGGACACCGUCAGUUUAGCCCAUGAGAUUGGAAUAUUAGUACAACGUUUGGCUGGUGGCGUUGGACCCGAGCUAGUUCAUCCUAAUAAUGCCCACCUUUAAUCACUCUCUCACAUCGCUGCUGCAUAUAUUAAAUUGGCUCAGAUCACAAAGUUGCAUUUAAAAAAGUCGCCUAAGUCGAAUUUCAAAAAAAGCUUUUUUGGCUCUCAACUCUUUAUAUACAUACAUAUAUGCAUAUGUGUAUAUGUUUUUUGACACUGGCACACACUACCUUAUAAAUGUUAUCUAUCAACACUAAAAUAAGAGGCAAUCUAUCAACUUUCUAGCGAUUUUAUCUAUAUAUUUUUUAUAUAUCUACCUAAUCUAACCAAACUAUUUAUCAAAUACGUUUUUUUUAUAUAUUUAGAAAUUUCAAAUCUAUUUUCAAACUUCCUUUUCUAGUCGUCAAAUUUUGCCUUGUAUCUUUUUUAUAUACAUAUAUUUAUACAUAUAUGUUGUUUUUGUUUUUAUCUACUUUGUGUUCAUUUAAGAAUUAAAACAGAACGAAUGAAAAUGUUACGACGUUUGGAUGCCGAA